GUUACGCAACUGCAGGAGUCCACAGAUUCCGUCCACACCACACACACUGAAUAACACCUCUCAAUUUCAAAGAAUCCUCACAUCACAUGCAUGAAGAGGAUCAGCCAAAGCCAAAGCCAAUCCCUGAAAACCCUACUUACCAACGGUCUCUACCCACAAGCCCUCAAAGCUUCUCUUCCAGACCCCAAGCUCACUGACCAAACCUACGCUCUCUUCAUCAAGUCCGGUCACUCCUUACACCCUUACCUCUCCACCACUCUCAUUUCCCACUUCUCUAAACUCGGACAUUUCUCACGCGCUUCCAAGUACCUCUUCGAAACCCAUAACCCCGAUACAGUCUCAUUCAACGCUCUCAUUUCUGGGUUCGCCAGGUUUCGCCAACCCAGACCCGUUUUCCAGCUCUUUAACACUUUAAGACAUCUGGGUCUGGAACCUGAUGUGUUUACGUUGAGCUCUUUGGUUAAAGCGUGUGAAAGUUUGCAGGAAAACGAGGCUGCUCAUGGAGUUUGUUUGAGAAUGGGGUUUGGCUCAGGAGCUUAUUUGGUGAGUGGGUUUAUAGAGAACUAUGCGAGAGCUGGGGAUGUUGAAAAGGCUGAGAAGUGUUUUGGGGAAUGUUUGGUAUUGGACAAUGUGGUUUGGACUGCUAUGGUUUGUGGGUAUGUGUGGAAUGGGGAGUUUGAGAAAGGUAAGGUGGUUUUUGUGGAAAUGAGAGGUUUGGGUUUGGAGCUAAAUGAGUUUAGCUUGACUGGGGUGCUUGGUGCACUGUUUGAUGUGAGAGAGGGGGAACAGGUUCAUGGGAUUGGAGCUAAGAUGGGUUUGUUGUGCGGCAGUUCUAUACAUUUGAAUAAUGCUAUUAUGAACAUGUACUGUAAGUGUGGGAAUAAGGUGGCUGCAGUUAAGAUGUUUGAUGAAAUUGCUGAACCAGAUGUUGUGUCUUGGACUGAAAGGAUUGGAGCUGCUUGUGAUGGUUUGGAAGCUUUGGAGUUGUUUAAAGUUUUGCAUUCUGGGAGUUUGGAGAUGAAUGAGUAUACAAUGAUCAAUGUUUUGUCUGCCAUUGCAGGACCAAGGCUGUUAACUUCCAGUAGGCAAGUCCAAGCACUUUGUCAAAAGGUGGGGUUUUUGCAAGUGGUUUGUGUUAGUAAUGCAUUGAUAUCCAUGUACGGGAAGUGUGGUCGAAUGGAUGAUGCUAGACGUGUUUUUGAUGAUAUGCUUCAUCGAGAUUCUGUUUCUUGGAAUUCUCUGAUUGCUGGGUAUACUGAGAAUGGAUUUAGUAGUCAGGCUCUUGAAGUGUUUUCUCAAAUGCGUGAUCUUUCACUACAGCCAAAUGAAUACACUCUGGCUAGCAUUCUUGAAGUUGUUUCUAACUCGAAUUCUGUAAUUCAGGCAAUGCAAAUUCAUUUGCAUAUGAUUAAAUCUGGCUUUAUGUUCAAUGAUUCUAUGGUGUCUUGCUUGAUAAAAACAUAUGGGAAAUGCCAUGGUAUGGAUGAAGCAAAAGAGAUAUUCUCUGCGAUUGAUAAGAUCAAUGUGGUACAUUGCAAUGCAAUGGCUACCGCUUUUGUUUAUGCUGGUUGUCAUGCUGAUGCUUUAAAUUUGUUCUACACCUCAAGAAGCUCGUACCUUGAAGCGGACAGUACGAUCUUUAGUAUUGUCCUCAAAGCUUGUGGUGCAAUGACAGAUUUGGUACAAGGAAGAGUAGUUCACUCACUGUGUCUUAAAUUUGGAUUUGAUCAGGAUAUAUUUGUGGAAAGCACUGUUAUUGACAUGUACUGUAAGUGUGGAAGCAUUGGUGAUGCACAGAAGGCUUUUAAGAAUACAUCUAAAGACAAUUUGGCUGCUUGGAAUGCCAUGAUAAUGGGAUAUGCUCAACAUGGUUGUUUUCACGAAGUUUCUGAGGUUUUUGAGAAAAUGUGUAAAUCUGGAAUAGAACCAGAUGAGAUAACUUUUCUUGGAGUUCUUACUUCAUGCUGUCAUGCAGGGCUGGUGAGAGAAGCAAAUGAUUACUUAAACUCUAUGUUUGAACUUCAUGGAGUUAUCCCACAUUUAGAACACUAUGCCUGUAUGGUUGACCUGCUUGGUGGAGUUGGACUCCUAGAAGAUGCAAAGAGGACAAUUGAUCAAAUGCCUAUUCACCCUGAUGCUCAUAUAUGGCAGAUUCUUCUAUCAGCCUGCAACAUCCAUGGAAAUGUCAUUCUGGGGAAUGUUGCUGCUAGAAAACUUCUUGAGCUGCAACCUGAAAAUGAAUCUGCUUAUCUUCUUCUAUCAAAUCUCUAUGCUUCUGCUGGUAUGUGGAGUGAUGUUGGCAAACUUCGGAAGCAAAUGAAGGAAAAAGUAGUUCACAAAGAACCUGGUUCUAGUUGGAUUCAAGUUAGGGGAUCCAUACAUUACUUUUUUGCUGGUGACAUGUCACAUCCUGAGAGUAAAGAAAUAUAUAUGGAACUAAUAAAGUUGUAUGAUCAGAUGCUAGUGUCACCAAAAUUGGAUCAAAACGAUGCUUUCCUGAUGAAAAUAUGAACUAAGAAGCAGAGAAGUUUUUUCUAAUUUUUUGCGGCAAUUAACUCUGCAGGUUGUUUGUGUUUCCAGAACUCAUCAAGUGUCAUUACAUGUCGUCUAAAUCAGUUUGGCAUAUGAAUUCCAUUCAACAUAUGUAUUA